GGAGUCCGCCCCCCUCGGCAGCCAGGAUGCAGAGAGUGCCGGUGCUGCUCUUCCUCGCCUGGACCUGCUUCCUCUUCUUCUCGGCCAUCGGACUCUUCACCAGCGGCUUCCUGCUCAUGCGUGUGGAGCUGGCGAACCGCAGCAGCUGCUCGGACUCCCUGGCCACCUCCCUGCCAGGGACCAGGGCCCCCCUCGGCUCCUGCUGGCUGCCAAGGCGCUUCCCCAAAGCCGUGCUCAUCAUCAUCGACGCCCUCAAGUUUGAGUUUGCCCAGUACGACCCCUCCAGGCGGGAGCCGCGGCCUUACGAGAACAAGCUGGGGUUCCUGCACCAGCUGGCCAGCCUGCAGCCCCGACAUGCCCGCCUCUUCCGCUUCCGGGCCGACCCUCCCACCACCACCAUGCAGCGCAUCAAGGGCAUCACCACCGGCUCCCUGCCCACCUUCAUUGAUGCAGGCAGCAACUUCGCCUCCUAUGCCAUCCAGGAGGACAACUUGGUGUGGCAGCUGGCGCAGAACGGGAAAAGAGUGGUGUUCAUGGGGGACGACACCUGGGACGGGCUCUUCCCCCAGGCCUUCUACCGCUCGUACUUCUUCCCUUCUUUCAACGUGAAGGAUCUUCACACUGUGGAUGACGGAGUCCUGGAGCAUCUGUAUGAGACAGUGGAUGGUGGCGAGUGGGAGUUGCUGAUUGCCCACUUCCUGGGCGUUGAUCACUGUGGCCAUAAGCAUGGACCAGACCACCCCGAAAUGGCCAAGAAGCUCUCGCAGAUGAACGACAUGCUCAGGUCACUGGUUGACCAUCUGGCGAAUGACACGCUGCUCCUGGUAGCAGGGGACCACGGCAUGACGGGGACCGGGGACCACGGAGGAGACAGCGAAGAGGAGGUCAACGCAGCCCUCUUUGUGUACAGCAAAGCCCAGCUGUUCCAGAGCCAGCCCCCUCAGGAGCCAGAGACCGUCCCGCAGGUGAACCUGGUCCCCACGCUGGCCCUGCUGCUGGGGGUGCCGGUGCCGUACAGCAACAUCGGGGAAGUGAUGGCUGAGCUGUUUGCCGCAGAGGGCGGCGCUGCCUCCUCGCUCCUCGCCCAGCUGGCGGCAUACAGCAUCAACGCCCGGCAGGUCAACCGCUUCCUGCACUCCUACUCGCGGGCAGCCCAGGACAUAUCGGCGGAGAAGCUACGGCGGCUCCAGGACCUCUUCUCUGCUGCCGUGGAAGAGCACGAGCAGCUCUCCGCCCAGCCGGGGACUCCUGCUCUGCCUCACCUGGAGCACCUCCGGGGCCGCUUCCGGCGCUAUCUGCAGGAGGCAAGGGCUGUCUGCGCUGAGUCCUGGGCCCGGUUUCACCCGGCCCGCAUGCUGGCUGGCUGCGCCCUCCUGACGUCUUCCUGCGUGCUGUGCUACGUUGCCUCCAGGGUGGCCUCGGGCCUGAGCUUCUCCUACCACCGCCUCCUCCUCUACCCCGUCCUCUGGGGUGUGGUGGGGGUCGCCCUGCCAGGCCUGGCUCACCUCCUCGGCUGGGCCGUUGUGGACCUUGUCCUGCUCUCCUCCUGGGGAGCGGCAGCCUCCCAGUGCGGCUUCUUCUGGCACUGCUGGGCCAAGCGGCUGUGGAGGAGCCAUGCGGCCAGCGCUUGUUCUCCCUCUGCGGACCCCAGCCUGAGGCAGAGGCUGCGCGCAUCGGGGCUGGGCCUGCCCGGAGGCAUCCUACUGGCUCGCUGUGGCGCCAUGCUCUCGGACAGCUUCGUGGUGGCCGAGGCGCAGGUGGCGCCCUUCCUGCUGGCCUCGCUGGUGCUGCUGCUGGUGCUGCGCCUGCACUGGGAGGGGCGGCUGGAGGGCGGCUCCCCCCCGGCCCUGCGGCUGCUGGGGCUGCUGGCCGUGGUCCUUGCCUGCACCCGCCUCUCGGCGCUCUUCCGGCAGUGCCGCGAGGAGACCCCCUGCUGCCGCUCCUCGACGCUCCUGGCCCCGCUCUCCAGCCUGCAGGACCCGGGGGCCAAGAACUCCUGCUACCUCCUCUGCCUGGCCGUGCUGGCCUGCCUGGCCUGGGGCGUGCGCCGCUGGCUGCGCCACUACGGCAACCUCAACAGCCCCAGCGCCCCGGUGCUCUUUGUGCGCUGGGGCUUCCCACUGCUGGCCGUCUGCAUCGGGGGCUACUGGGCCAUCACCUCCGGGGCCGAGGAGGCCCUGGUCAAGCUGCACGCCUGGGUGCAGCUGGCCCUGGUGGCCUUCCCCCAGGGGAUCUUCGGCCUGGUGCUGGUGGGGCUCCUGCUGGUCCUCUGGGACCCCGUGACCGUCUUCGUGCACGACAGCCGGGAGCCGGCCCAGGCACCCAUCGUCUCGCCCAGCUCCCAGGCGGAGCUCCUGCACGUCAUCCCCCAGCUCUACCGGCGGAUGCAGCAGUCCCUAAAGAGCCGUCUGGACGAGGCCAAGUCAGGCGGCAGGGCCACGGUAGCCGCCUACGGGCUGGGCAGUGUCUACUCAGCUGCGCUCCUCAUCUGCCUGGCCCUGCUGGGCUUUCUCUUCAUGACGCUGCAUAGCGAGCGGCUCAGCCUGGCCUUCCUGCUGCUCUUCCUCGAGGCCUUUGCGCUGCUCUGGAUGCACGCCUGCGCCGUGGCGCUCUCCUCCUCCUCCUCCUCGCAGGCUGAUCCCUUCGUGGUGCCCUGGUACGCCCUCAUCGCCUGGGCUCUCGCUGCCGCCCAGUUCUUCUAUGCCACAGGCCACCAGCCAGUCUUCCCAGCCAUCCACUGGAACGCGGCCUUUGUCGGCUUCCAGCAGGGGCAUGAAACCAACCUGCUGCCGGCGCUCCUGGUUGGGGCCAACACCUUCGCCUCCCACAUCCUCUUUGCAGCCGGCUGCCCUUUGCUUCUGCUUUGGCCGUUUGUCAGUGAAAUGCCCACCACCUCCAAGGGCAAGAAGUCGAAGGCAGAACCUCCAGACAGGGAAGAGCAGAUGAUGGAGAUGAGGCUCCGCGAAGUCCCAGAGAAGUUCUCAGCAGCGCUUCUGCAGCUGGGGCUCAAGUACCUGCUUGUUCUGGGGGUUCAGAUUCUGGCUUGUGUCUUGGCAGCGAUCAUCCUCAGAAGGCACCUUAUGGUCUGGAAGGUGUUUGCUCCCAAGUUCCUCUUUGAAGCUCUGGGCUUCAUGGUGAGCAGCGUCUUCCUCCUGCUGGGCAUCGGCCUGGUGAUGCGGGUGGACUGCGCCGUCAGCCUGUGGUUCAAGCAGCUCAUCCUCGCUCAGUCCAGGUAGCAAGAGAGGAAGAGGGACCUUCUGGCAAAGCGCCCCCCCUUGCAG